CCUGAACAUCUCUGGAGAGGUACAGCGCGAGUUACAGCGGGUACUGAAGCAGACGACAGCGGAAUGUGGAGGUGCGCGUGCGCGUUGGCGCUACUGUGCGCGGCACUCGCGCGCACUGAUAAUUACAAACGUGCUGAAUUGGCGACGGCUCCCUUCGUGCUGGGCUCACGCUACGGCCGCUCCUCACCGCGCAUGAUAGCACCACGCAACGACAGGUUCUUCAUGGGCAGUAGAUAUGGCAAGCGGUCGGAACCGGCCGUGCGCAUUCUGACCCCGCAAGAUGUAACAUGGCGCGAUGUUACAUCGCAAGAUGUGACGGCACAAGAUGUAACAUCGCACGAUGUAACAUGGCGUAACAUUGUCCGUUUAUGUGAACUGCAAGUGUUCGCACCGCUCUGUUCCCUACUACAACAUCCUUCGAAAUCUUUGUACAACAGAAUAGACCAAGAGCCAGCUGAGAAAAUGGACUACAAAGAAUAAUGCUAUAUCUCAAACACGACCCACAUCGCACACCGAACAGACUGGAAAUGAAUCAAUAUAAUAUAUUAAAAUAAUAUUCUAUUAAUAAUAACACUGUAGAAGAUGAUAGAACGGACAGACAGGAUUAAAUAAUAGUAAUAAAAGCUACCCUUCUUUUGUACCCUUACAUAUUUUAUAAACCAUUAUUUAAAUGUGGGGGUACAAAAAUAUCGUACGAAUCGGGUUAAGGCUGGAAACCUGAUUCGUGCAAUGACUUGAUGUAAAAAUUUUAGAGUAUUUUCAUCUUUUUGACUUCAUUACGGUAAACUCCACUGCUAUUGAAAUAUAUCUAUCUCUGUCUAAUUAAAGUACAAUAAAAAAGGAACACUAUAUUUGCAAUUUCCAACAAAAUAGAAACCCAUACAGAGUAUAAAAAAGAUGUACCGUUUUAUAGACGUUUGUAAUUUUAUAAUUUAUUUUAUAAAGAUUUGUGCAUCAAGUUGU